AUGUAUUAUUAUAAAUAUUAUGGUUUUGAAGCUUUAACAACAACUUCAACUUCAAGUGUUUGUGUUAAUCUGACCGAUGAAGAUGAAUGUAAAGCCAAUCCGGAUUGUUUGAAGUCGUUGACUCCGUUUCCAAAAUUGCCUGUGUUGACCGCCGAUUUCUAUCCGAUCGACGAUAUCAUCACAAUCGACGACGAAGUCGAUUCCAAUAUAUUCAACACCGAGCAAACAGCCAAUAUCACUUCAUUCACCACCGAUUUCGAUAUAAGAAACGUCUUGCUUUUCGAUGAAAACUCACCGAAACCUUUUUGUUUCCGACACAAAACAACCAAACAAGUCUACGAAUUUCAAGCCACCAUAGAUUUACCAGAUGACUAUGAAUCUUUUAUAAUAACAAAUGAUACAUGUCAAACAUUGCGAUGUGAAGAGAAAGGAAUGAUGUGUGGAAAUUCAGUUAAUUAUCUAAGCUGUGAAUAUUAUAGUUUCUAUUGUUGUAGUAGUUUUAAUGAGUGUGUUGCACUGCCAGCACCCAAUCACGAUUCGGAAGCACCGUUCCAAGAUCAUGUCGCUCCGUGUCAGCUGCCCUGCGCGAAAGGUUUCACUUGUCGGCUCUUUGGGAACCAGCCAACUUGCUUCCCAACGACAUGCGAAUAUCUGACGUGCGAUAGCAGCAAUGAAUGUGUUCUACUCAAAGAUAUUGGUAUUGCCGGAUGCCAGCUGAAACCGGACUACUCCAACAUCUUGGAGUCGUGCCGAGACGAGGAGUGUCCACCGAAUUUCCACUGUGGCAAAGGCAUGCUGACCGACUACGAUUGCAUUCCCAACAGCCGAGAGAUGCGCGACGUCACCCAACCAAGAGUUUGCACCACCCUCAACUUUGCCACCUAUUUCCAAGAGAAAUGGGAUAACUUUGACUACUCCCCUUUUUCCGAAGAUUAUUUUCAAGAUAAUGUAACAUAUACUGUUAAUUAA